AAGGUUCUAAGUGCUUACUCGCUUUCUAGAUUCUCCAUAGAUAAAGAAAAAAAGAUAGAGAAGCAUAUAAUAUUAUUCUAAAUGGAUGCCGCUAAAACAACAUAACUCGAACACUUUUGAUCAGUGCAAGACUUACCCUUCAAUUCUCCACUCCUCAUUUCUUGUUUUCUUCAAAGCCUAGGUGCUCGAGUUCCUCUAGAGAAAAAACUGAUGAGGUACGGAGAAAGGUGAUAUUAACAUGUCUGACUUUGGGGAAUGCUGUGAUUCCAAAAAACCAAUUGAAGAUGAUGAUAUUAUUGAGUCUGAUAUUGAUUUGGAUAAUACUGAUGUUGUGGAACCUGAUAAUGAUCCUCCACAAAAGAUGGGAGAUCCUGCAGUUGAAGUUACAGAAGAAAAGCGGGAUGCUACUCAAGCUGAAAAGGCAAAAGUUAUGGAUGCAAUUUCUAAAGGUAACCUGGAUGAAGCUAUAGAUCAUUUAACAGAAGCCAUCAUGUUGAAUCCAAUUUCAACUAUAUUAAAUGCCACGCGAGCUAGUAUCUUUGUUAAACUGAAGAAACCUCAUGCUACAAUUCGUGAUGUUGAUGCUGCUCUGGUAAUCAAUCCAGACUUUGUAGAAGGAUAUAAAGUACGAGGCAUGACCAGAGCCAUGUUAGGCCAACAGGAACAAGCAGCAAAUGAGCUGCAAAUGGCAUCAAAGUUGGAUUAUGAUGAUGAGAUUGGUUUAGUGCUGAAAAAGGUUGAACCUAAUGCGCACAAAAUUGAAGAGUAUCACAUAAAAUAUGAACUCCUGCAGAAAGAAAGGGAACUAAGGAAAACUAAACGUGAAAGAAAACAUGAAGCUGAACCCAAGAAAGAGAAACCUUAUCUAUUCUAAAUGAAGGUAUGGGU